GCAUCAUUCACUUGGUCGCCCAUCGCCUAAGCGGACGUGCGAGAAGGACUAGAGCCGGUUCACAACGCGCGACACAGGAACCUGAUUUGUGUGUUCUAUUGUUUGAGUGGAGAUAAUUGAAGCGAAUUUAUUCAGCAUCCUUGGAUUGGUGCCGUGGUUAGAUAAAUGGUGGAAAAGAAUCGCGAACGGUUCGGGGUGGAUUUGUGAAUGCAAGUAACGAGUGUGGGAAUUAAUGGAAAGGAUCUAACGGUGAUUUGCCACUUCCUGUGAGACGGUACGGUACCGGUGCGAUUGCUGGUGUGUGUGAUUGCUCUAUUGGUUUUUUGUUUCAUUGCGGCGACCGUUAGGACUGAAUGCGGAGGGAUUAGUGACGGCUAAUGUGGGACAAAGUGGCCUGCCGUAAGGAGGAUUAAGUGCCCGGAAAUUGAAGAAAAGAGUCUUAUAAGUGGAUUACCGGAGGGCAACGUAAACCGUACUAAUUUGCGGUGCUUGACUAGUGGGGAAGAAGCUCGUGCAGAGGAGUGAUAGCGGGUGGUGGUGACGAGUAGUGGAUUUGCGGUGGCACACGCGGUCGUUUGGAGGACCCUCUCGAAUGAACCCGAUUGCUGAAAGCAAAACAUGACCAUGUCGCAGCUCCUGAAGCAGACGAAGAAGUGUUGCGUGAAGAUAAUCAGAAAAUUUUCCUUCCACCCGAAUGGCUCCACAUCGCCGACCUCCAGCGGCAACGCCGGACCAGGAAAGGGUGCUGGCGGUACCACCGGCAUGACCGGCCGAUCCAUUUCCCUCAACAACCGAGCCACGACCAAGUACGUACUGCACAAAAACUGCACUCCCACGCGGUGCAAAGUGCAACCGACCACGCCGGAGCGGUUGGGAGCGACCGGCAGCUGGCUGUCACCUUCGACACCGUCAUCAUCGUCCUCGGUGGCGGCUGCCAAUAAUGAUUCACCGAGUGCGCGGCGACGAUUGGACUUUGAACCCAAACCGGAACCGGACAUUCCGGCAACACAGAACAACUAUCGGGCCAAUCGGGACGAGAAGAACAUACAGAUGCAGAAGAAGCGCACGAACAUCACCAACAACAAGAACGUGAAUCUGCGAAAGUGCUUCCGGAUGCGGAUGGGCUUCAAAGAGGAGCUGGUAGAUGACGAUGAGGUGAAUAACAGCAGCAGUGCGGUAGCUGCCAAGUUGGAUAAAAUUAGCAAAACGUUGUACCACGUUGCUGGUGGUGGCGAUCGGAAGGAUGGGGAUGGUGUGUAUGGCGAAAGCAAGUUCCAUGUGAAUAAUCUGGCGUCGCAAACGAGUGAAAAAAGUAAAAUUAGUAAACCAUUAUUCCUGAGCGGAAAGCACAAAAAGUACAAUCAGAUUGAGACACAAUUUGGAAUGGAAGAUGGUGUCGACUACGAUGAUGAUGAGGACGAUGAUGAACUGGCGGCUUGUGAAAUGGAUGCAAUCCGUGCGGGAAGUUCGUACGAAGGUGGACGGCUACAAUUUGAAAUAUGUCAACCGCUUCCGGAUAUUGCGGAGCGUUCUCCUGUACCGGGCGGUAGUAGCACCGGAUACUGUGAGGAAAUUGUAUUUGAAAAGGUGAAAUUCGAUCGAAACAAGCGAUACAUGCGAAAUGGAGCUAGCUCUCCCUCCACUGCGAGUAAUCGCUCGCAGAAUGGUUCCGCCGUAGUCCAAUCAGCCGACAGCAUCCUGUCCAUUAGCUUCGACUGUAAACAGGACCACCCACUCUCUCAGUACGCUGAAGCUACCAGCAAGAGCGAUGACUUUGUCGAUUCCUGGCGCAACUAUAACGUCAACAGUCGGUGGAACAAGGUCGCUAAAAAUCCAUGGGAGCUGGAAGCCAGCAAAGUCGAGUCGCCGACCGUUUCCCCGCAUCACCGGUCUUCCUGGAACCCGUUCGUGGACAGCUCAUCGGCAUCCGAGUCUCCAGUCCACACCGCGACGACCAAAACAUAUCCCCCGCUCUACCAGGUGCGCACCGACGUGUGGCAGAACCUGAACAACAAAAGCUACGAAAUCGACUCGGACGUGAUCUGGCGAACGUCGAACUCAUCGCGACGUACCUCUGCCAGCACCGUCGAGACCUGGAUCGAGGACGAGGUGUUCGACAACUCGUUCAACGAGGAACUGGAACGGCGAUGCGCCACCCUCAAGAUCUAGAUCUGCGCGAGGUGUGACGAUUGGCGUUGACGGUGCAAUACUGCCCCCGGCGGAAAUGGCACGGGAAGCAGAAAGCAAUACUUGUGAGUCUUUUUCGUUGGUUCGAAAAAUCGCAUCAGAAGUAGGGCUUGGUUUCAAAGUGAGAGUUAAAAAUCUAGUUCUCAGUAUAAUAAUGACAGUGAAAAAUCAAGCAUGUGAUAUUAAUUAAUUUAUACGAAGGCGAAAGCAAAAAAACAUACAAAACAAAAAAGUCUAAGUCUAGUUUUGCGUUAGUUUUUUUUGUAUUUAAUUGUAUUAUGCUAGGAAUUGACAGUGCUUUGUGUUUGCCGUUUUACUAUGUGAUUUUAUUUUCUGUUGAUUGAACUAAUGAUCUCAUUUAGACAUUGUGACUGUGUAUUCGAUAAGCGCUAAUUUUAAUAUCUAAUAUAAUUCUUUGUAAUAAUAUGUGCUUAUUGAAAAGAGAUUGCUUUAAUAUAAUUAUCCUAAUGAAUACUCCAACUUCUAUACUAUUUCUUACCUGACACAAGUCGUACCUUACAAAAUGGGUAGCAUUUCCGAAGAACGAAAUUUAUAAACUUCAAUGGUGGAAAACUCUAGAACUAAAAUAACAUUUUCUAUUCCCUGGUAAUGAUCCUUCUGAGCGAAAAAAUACUGUCCACAAAAUAGCGCACCGCCGGUAGGUGCGCGGUCCUUCCCUUUAGAGUGAAUUAUAUGCCGCAGUGUGCGGGUGACAUGGUUCAAAUGCAAAUCAUUCGAUAAUAAAGCAGAGAAAAUAAGUAAAACUA